CGCGAUCAGCUGUGCGGUCCUUCUCUAUUGCGCCAAUAGGCAUUUUCUUCUGUUCCCGCAUUUUAAGCGAAUUUGGUACUUUCCCGUGUUGAGGCGACACAAUGGCCGGAUCGAAUCUGCUGAACCAACUGGACGCCAUCGAUCUGAACGAUCUGGUCUAUGUGGAGCGGGAUCUAAACUUUGCCCAAAAGGUGGGUGUCUGCUUUCUGCUUUAUGGCGAUGAUCACUCUAAUGCCACCUAUAUACUGCAAAAACUACUGCCCAUGACGCGAUCGGAUUUCCCGCAGAGCGAUCUGCUCAUGCAGUAUGCCAAAUCUCGUCCGGAAACGUGGAGGAAACACCUCGUGGAGGCUCUGUGUAUCAUUGGCGCGCGUCAGGUGCUCCGCAGAUUGGGCCUCCGUUGGCAGGAGCUGCGACUGCACUAUUUGCCGCAUGUCGGCGGGAUCACCCUGCAUGUUCAUCCGCUUUUGAAAAGCCUCUAUAGGAUCUGUGAGGAGUUGUCUUUGGCGCAGAGUGGUCGCCUGGUUCUGGAUGUUGGCGAAAAGGUGGCGCGACAGCAGGCAGGCGAUCCCCUGCGUUUCUAUGAUCCCACCUAUCUGGAGAUCUUCCUGCUGGACUGGCUGACCAGGAAAUGUUUGCGGCUGGGCGACAUCAAUGCCACGGGCAGCGAUGUUCAGCUGCUGAUUGAACAUUUCAAAUUCAACGAUUUGCAGGAGCACGCCAAGUUGCUCAUCGAUACAAUCAAUAGUAAUGCUUCGGACGCGGAUCAGGUGGCGGCAGUGGUCGAUCCCCUUUUGACCACCAUCAAGCCGGAAACGCUAUCGGAUAGUCCGCAGGCAUCCAGGGGCACCACGUCGUCAGCGGUCUCAACAGCAUCCUCUUUCCGGCGAAGGAAUGCCUUGGAGUUAAGUCGGGAAAACGCCGGCAUCGCUUUAAUCAUCAACCAGAGGAAGUUCCAUCGGAAAGUCAGCGAAGAUCUCGAGAAAUAUAUUUCACCCAAAAAAUUAAGAGACCGCGUUGGCACAGAUGUGGAUGAAGGACGACUUAGGGAGGUCUUCUCCUCGAUGGGCUACAAUGUGGAGUCGCACUCCGACGUGGAUCACUUGGGCAUUGUGCAGCUCAUACGCAGUGCCUGCGACAGAUCCCUGCUGCAAGAUUCACUGGUGGUCUGCAUCCUGAGCCACGGUUUCGAGGAGGCCGUCUACGGAGCAAAUAGCAUCGCCCUGCGCAUCACGGACAUCGAGAACGUGCUCUGCAGCAACGAAACCCUGUACAACAAGCCCAAGUUGCUGAUCAUUCAGGCCUGCCAGGAGGAAGCUCCCGAGGAGGGAGACCAGAGUCAGCAGGGAUUGCCUUUUAAAAUCGAUGUGACCACCCAGUCGCCUGGGCAACAUGUUAAUAUGGUGCGGGCCAUGUCCACGGUGAAUGGAUUUGCUGCUCUACGACACACGCACGAGGGCAGCUGGUUCAUCCAGUGCCUGUGCGAUGCCAUCGAUCAGCAUUCGGACACUGAGCACAUUGCCGAUAUCCUGACGAUUGUCACCAACAACGUGGCAGAAAAGCGAGGAAAGAACGAUGAGUCUAUGGUGCCCAAGUUCAAUAGCACAUUUCGACAGCACGUCUACUUUCCACCUCGCUAGUGAUCGUAUGUGAAAUAAUUAUCCACAAAACAUUUUGUAGUUAGGAAAUGGCUGUCAGAGGAUUUACCUCCAAAACAAUUCGAAAUUUUCCAUGUGCAAUCAAAUAAGGUCCUAUUAAAGUCCAAGUUCUAGAUUGUUUCAAA